AUGGGAAAAAAGAAGAGCAAAUCUAACAGCACGGGAGCCGCUUCGAUCGCACCAGCAAAUGCGCUCACUACGACCUCAACUAUCGCAGCGGACCCUAUACUUGGCUACAGGAUCCGGGUUCUUCUCCACGAUUUCCUCAACGUCACCAAAGAUUCUCGUUCACAGAAGCGCCUCAGCUCUACAACUGACGAGCGAUAUAUCAGUGUCCCAUAUUUUGAUGAGGGACAAGCUGCGGUGAUCAAAGCAGCGAUUAUAGAUGUUGACCUUGCCAAGCAUGUUUCAGCUGCAGCUGACGAUAUCGAAUACAUUGAUCGAGAUUUGAUCUCGCAGCAAGGAAAGAGUUUCGAAACCGCGGUUCGAACACUUCUGGGUGGUUUCCUCGACAAACGGCGUGCUAGUGGCGAUGCUCGACCUUGCGGACCUCAUCACUUGGCACCUUUGUAUGCCAAGUUCUUUGGUGUUGAUUUGGAGGAACUCAAGGAGGAUAAGUUCUUGGGUCGUCUGAGGAGAGCCGGCGUCUAA